GCUCCUGAGUUGUCAAUUUCACUAUAUUGAAGCUUGAGAAAAUAGCCGUAACGAAGAAUCGCACAGUCUGAGAGAAAGACUAGUGAGCGCCGUCUUGUUUGUCAUAAAAACGUGAUUGUGAGUAAGCCCCGAGGAAGACGCGUAAGCAUAGUUUGCUCGGGAAAAAAUAUUGGGGAUAAUUUUAUGUUAAAUUGCAAAAAAACAUGUAGACAUGGGAGCUUGAGUCUUAGGUAGAAGUGUCAGUGCAUAGUUCUAACCUAGAAGAAUGAAUUUAGGAGCAGUCGGUGAAGCUUAUGCUUCCCUCUGAUGGAGGGUACAAGGUUGCUUAAAACUGGUAGUAAUCAUGGAAGCUGGAAAACGCUUUACUUACUCGUAGGCAUGAUUACGUGAAAUUGCUCCUCUUUUAUCGAUAGAGAGGGUCAAGGCAGAAGAGAAAUAUUUGCUGACUGUGUUUUACGAAUCCCUUUUUGGGAAGGGGUGUAAAAAUGGAUGGUUAAGGAUAGUUACUGUUUUUGCCUUUUGCGAUUGCAUUGCUUCCCUCAAAUGCCUCUUGGAUCUUUUAGCACUUCGUUAUCUCUAUCCAUGACUGUGUUAGGUCUAGUUCCUCUUUUACAAUGCUGUUAGAGGAAUGACAGAUCAAAAAAGGCAGGACAUUUGAUCUGUGUGCCCAAAAUAGGUUGUGCUGCUCCACCUCCUUUUUCAAGUUGGUCAUCUGUUUCUCAGGUAUGACUUAAAAGUUUUAUUUCCGAACUUGAUUUCUGACUAAGUCGCAAGAGGUAUUAUGUAUGUCCCUUAUUUCAGGAGUCUCUAGAAUUGUUUCAGUUUUUUUAAAUGAGGCUGAGUAGUGUAACAUGGCGUAAGCUGAUGAAACGUGUUCUUUGAUAGAGUGCUGCUCAUCCUGCUGUACAUGUACACGUUCUCAUUUUUCUAUUGUUGGGUCUGAGCGUGAGUAGUGUUAAAAUAAUGGAGAAGCCAGAAGUGUGUUUUCACCGGUUAAUAUGUGGAGGGUUCUCAAUGAAGGGCACGUCAAGUGUAAUUUUUGAGUAAGGCGUUCCUUUACUUUUUGGCAACAACAGGUUUUUUUAAUCAGUUCAGACUAAGAACCCAAUUUCUGGUUCUAUGAUUAUUGUUAUUAUUUCUUCAGAGAAGAAAUUUAAGUAUUUUUUGGUCUUACUAGCUUCUAUGUAAAUUGAGGUGUCUGCUUUGUCAUUACAGAACUCGCCCCACAGCAUGUUAAUUAACACUUGGGGUUUGUUGAAUUCCUGUGUGUGUAAGCAAAAUGUUUGAGGUUUUGAGUGUUUUUCUUCAGAAAAACCCUUAAGAUGAUGAUACUGUAAAAGGGAACCGUUCUCAUUCUGAAAUAUUGUAUACAAGCACAAUAUUCCCCUUGCAGAGAAGUAUUGUUGUGGCUUUAAUAAUGUUCUUUUAGCAUGAGACCAUUGUAUUGCUCUGUCCUGUGCUCUGUGAUAGCUUAGUCUGCUCACCUUAUUUAUAACCAUUUCAUUGUAUUACUACGAUCAGCAUAAGCCAUGUAUGUAUUUUGUUUGUAUUCAAACUACCUAUGUUGCAGCUCAGGCUUUCAAGGUACAGUAUUUAAAAUGGCAUUCAGAGAACUCUGGGGGAAAAACUCCAAAACCCAAAAGACAUCUUACUAGUGUUGGUCACCAGAGGUGAAAUGCCUAGGUCUAGUUUUGUCUAUCUAGUAAAUGGACAUCAUGGCUCCAUUGACUGACCACAGCUGCAUCUCUGUCCAUCUGGGUAAGACUAUGAGGAAAGGCUGAAAUAAUUUGGGCUGUUUCACCUGGAGAAGAGAAGCCUCCGGCUAAACCGCAUUACAGCCUUUCAGUACUUAAAAAGGGUCUGUAAGAAAGAUGGGUACAGACAUUUAGUAGAGCUUAUUGUGAUAGGACAAGGAGUAAAUUUAAGAAAGGCAUUUUUUAUGGUGGGCACAGAUUGCCCAGAGAGGUGGUGGAUGCUCUGUUCCUGGAAACAUGCAAGGUCAGGUGGAAUGGGACUCUGAUCGCUUAUUGCAGGGCUGUUGGACUAGAUGGCCUUGAGAUAUCCUUUCCAGUUGAAACUAUUCUAUGAUUUCUGCUAGUUGGAUUGAAAAUAAAUUUUAUAAUGGAUGCCCAGAAAUUGAAGAGCUCUCAGGCAGCAGAUUUUUGAAAAUUAUUCAUCUUAACAACAUGCUUUAUGUCACCAAAUCUGUAUUGAAAGGUAAAUGUAAAAUCCAAUUUCCUUGAUCAGAAUUUCUUUGCCUAGAUCAUAAGGCCUUUUAUUUAGCAUCUUUUCAGUUCUGCAUCAGACAUGGUAGAUGUAAAAUGCCUAUUCUCACGUGACUGAUCUUUAUAGCAGAUGCUUCUUAUUUGCUGGCUGAAGCAAAGACUGCAGAAAAAAAUGUAAAGUUGUAUGCAGGAAAUGAAUUGUAGUGUGUGUGCAUAAACUGACACACAAAAUUUUGCUUUUCCUAUUGUGCUGCCUUAACUUGGUUUAAACACCUUUUUUUGGUUAUAGUUUCUGCAAGAUUUUUUAUUUGUAGAAAGAAAAUAUUCUAUAGAUACUAUUAUCCUGACAUACUUUGAUUGAAAUCACAACCUGUGCUAAUUUACAAGAUUAGGCUGAUGGGUAACAUUGUCUGUCCUCUUGGGGCCACCACUGAAGGAGAAAAUUAGUUUUGUUCCUAUUUAUGUGUAUCUGUAGAAGGAAUUUGCUAAUUUUGGACUCCAUUUCAUCUUCUGCAGGAUAUUGGCUGUGGUGUCCAGUCUUCCACCCCAUCCUGUUCUGUGUGAAUGCUCUUAUUCUGUUCUGUGGAUGGUGCAUAAGCAAUUAUAUUAGUAUUAGAUGAUUUAUAAUUCAGUCUUUUAAGUUGUCUUACACUUCUGUCUCCUCCAAUGACUCAUGUGGACAUUAAUUCCUACUAAUAGGAACAUUUUAUAUCAGGGUAAAACAUAGACAAACAGUGCUUUGUGUAUCAGAUCUCAUCAAGAUGUAUGGCUGUUCUGUCCAGCCUACACUCUAGUCUAUAUAUUGUGAUAUUAUUUUAGCUUCACAGUUUGCGACUUUGAUAGUUACUUUUUUGCACUAAUUGCAGCUUCAUACAAGUACUAAACUUGUAGAGCACAUGAUGGCAAAUUACUUUGAAGGUUAAAUUAACUAUCAUUACAGUUUGAAAAUAAAUAUUAUUGUUAUGUUUUAUCGAUCUAAUGAUGCACUUGAAGCAGUGUAGUUUAGAUAAUUAGGCUUGUAAUCAAUUUCUUUUAAACUUCCACAAUUAACUGGUUUUUUUUGAACUCUGGACUUCUGCUUAGAACAUUCUUGUUGAUACAGAUGUGCUUACAACCUGAGAAUUGCAUAAAUUGCUGAAUAUUUACCAAAGGUCUUAAAUGUGAUCUGGGAAAUGAAAUUAAUUAAUUACUUCAGUAUAUUAAUGCGAAGUUGGGCAAGUGAGGAUUUCAGAUUCUUAACUGCAUCUUGUGUACCUGGUGAUGACUUUGACAAACACGAACAGGUUACUAUGGAAGUGUGGUCUUGAAGCAGGUGUGCUCUGUAAUACAAGCCUGUAGCUCUUUUGUGCACAAAGGUAAACAGUCACUUAAACUUGGUAUACUUCAGAGUCCUACUUGCAAGAUAAAGCAUUUUGGCUGCUUUGUGUUUUGGCUGCUGCUGUAAAGCAGAGUUAGAAGUUGUUAAAUAGACUGUACCACUUUGGCAAAUCACCCUUUAUCAGUGGGAUCCUCUGCCAUAUGUUUGAGUUAUUGCAUGUCAUGCUACUCUUCAUGUACCGCAUCAUUGAGGAUACUGCAAUUUCCUUAAAUUUUUUUAAGAGCUAACAUGUGUGGUCUGCUUCUGUUUGUACUGUCCUGAGGAGGAAGAAUCUAGCUGUCUGGAGUUUUAGGUAAACAUUAAGUCAGAUACCAUUUCAAGGGCAGGGAUAACUAUAGGAAGCACAUCUCAUGUGGAAAAGGCACCAGCAUUGCUUUUGAAAUGCCUAGAAAUAACAAAAGGCAGAUAAAGACUCAGCAAGAGAGAAGUAAAUUUAUUAAUACACUUGUGAGAUAGCUUGUGCUCCUUUGCAUAUGUUAGCUUCCAUGGGUGUUAUCUUUGGAGAAGUUGAAGGCAGAUAGACUGCAGAUGUGUUUUUUCAGAGGAGGGUGAAGUUUCACAAUUUCAACCCUGAGGAAUAAGUCUGAAUAUAAUUUCUGCAAGUGUUGAGAUGCAGUUAAUUAGCAAAAACAUAAUAUAUGAAUUUGAGAAAUUUGAGUAAUCUGUUCCUGACUUGUGUUAAUAUGAGUACUGUGUAAUUCUUAAUGGAGUACUUCUUACACUUACAAUUGCAAGAACAUAUUGUAACAAAAUAAUUAAAGGGACUGGUUUUCUAAUGAGGGAUGGGAGGAGAUGUAAACAAGAGGUUACAAAAACUAGGAUAAGAAUUUGUUUCCCCAUUUUGCUGAUGCAGUCAGACCAAAGCACUGGGUAAAUAUUUGUAUGUGUGAGUCAUAUUUACGUUGCACCCAGAAUGACCUGUGCCUAUUUUGCAUGAGUUCCCUGCUUCCACGAGAAAAAAAUGAUCGGUAUGUCUUUGUACAGGAUACAAAGAAUGGAGUCAAAACCCUCAAGAAUUCCUCGCAGGAUAUCUGUUCAGGCUUCCAGCUCUCCUGUAGGAUCUAGAACUGGAAACAGUUUAUCUGGUGCAUAUAGUACAAGAGAAUCUUCAUGGAGAUUAGAAUCUGGAUACCAGGAAUCCAGUUUAUUGAAUAGUUCCAGUAGAGACUGGAGAUUUGGAGAAAGGGACACCCAUGAAACUCCUUGGAAACUUACAGCAUCGUCUCCAACUCGCUACUCAGGGACACUUGAUCACCCUCAUUCUGGAAGAUUUUUGGGAAGCAGAAGCAGAUUGUCUACAUCUUCUUCCUCUCAUUUCACAUCUGGGUGUUAUGGUGAGUCUGAGAGAACUCAGGGAGCAUAUUCAAGACUGCAUAGCCAGCAGCAAGAUAGUGAUUCAAAGAGACCUAAACUAUCUUGUACAUCUACCUCUUCUGUGAGAAGUAAUGGCUUGACUGCCUUUUCAGAUUCCUCAUGGAGAUACAGUAGGAUUCCUAGAUCUUCAUCAGUAAUGCUUGGCUCCCUUGGAACUGAUCUGGUGAGAGAGCGAACACAGUUAGAAAGAAGAACAGAUCUGUCUGUUAAUAACCUGGUGGAUCCCAGCUACAGGAACAGUGAUUUUUCACCUUCAGCAUAUAUUCAAGACAGGCCUGCCUCUUCAUAUGCAGAGGGAGCAAGACCAAAAGAGAACUCAUUAAGCACUUUGAGGCUGAAUGCAACCAUGAACCACCAGUUGCCUUCUGAUCAUCAGCCAUCUUUUUUCAACAGAGACUCUAACAUGAGCUCUUCAAGAUCCAGCUAUUCUUCAAGACAAAGGAGAAAUGAAUUGGAAUCUCCCCAGAGGAGUGUGCAGCCAGCAUUUUCUCUUACUGCUGCUAGAGAUGAAAUCCCUUCCUCAAGUGGUUCUGAAAGGAUUUUAUCUUCUCAGAGGUCAUUGAAUGAGUCUGCAGCUGACAGUGAAGGGAGGCGCACAACCAGACAGCUGCUGUCUCGUUUAGCAUCUAGUAUGUCAUCUACAUUUUUCUCUCGAAGGUCUAGCCAAGACCCAUUGCAUGCAAGGUCAUUAGGCUCUGAAGAGUCAACAGUGGUCCCAGGAAUUCAAGCUACUGCUCUGUCAAGUAGUAAUGGAGCUGCAACUCCAGAAGUUACAGGACUUCAGUCAUCUGAAGCUUCUCAGGGGUUCAGUUUUCUUGGACGAAGAUGGGGUUUAUCAGGAGUUUCACAGAAUCGCAACUCUGAUUCUGAUGGGGAAAGUUACAGACCAGACAAUGAAAGUAGAAGCACGGGAUCCUGGUUGUCAUCCUCUUUGAGGAACAGAUGUACACCUCUCUUUACCAGAAGAAGAAGAGAAGGAAGAGAUGAAUCUGCAAGGAUCUCUACCCCUGAUACAACUGCUAGAUCACAACAUUUCUUCAGAAGGAGAGAGUCAGGUGAGGAGACCUCUCUUGAAGCAUCAGAUAACCCUCCUCGGGCUUCUGUUAGCAGACCAAUGCCUGCAGUGUCUGUUAUUUCUACAGCUACUGCCUCCCCACCAGAUUCAGCCCCCAGUGGAAGAAGUUCGGGAAUUCUGCCUGCUUCUCUCUUUCGCUUUGCAGUGCCUCCAACAUUAGGAAGCAGUCUGUCUGACAAUCUUAUGAUAACUGUAGAUAUUAUUCCCUCUGGCUGGAAUCAGUCUGAUGGACAAGAAAGUGGCAAGUCUAAAAUACCACCUUCAAGAGAUCCGGAAAGACUCCAGAAAAUUAAAGAAAGCCUGCUUUUAGAAGAUUCUGAAGAUGAAGAGGGUGACUUAUGCAGAAUCUGUCAGAUGUCCUCUGCAAGUUCUGACAACCUUUUAAUAGAGCCAUGCAAAUGCACUGGAAGUCUGCAGUAUGUUCACCAGGAGUGCAUGAAAAAAUGGCUGCAGUCAAAGAUAAAUUCAGGUUCUUCUUUGGAAGCAGUGACAACUUGUGAAUUGUGCAAGGAGAAGUUGCAUCUUAAUCUGGAAGACUUUGACAUUCAUGAACUCUAUAGGGCACAUGCAAAUGAACAAGCAGACUAUGAAUUUAUCAGCUCUGGUCUCUACCUUGUAGUGUUGUUACACUUAUGCGAGCAGCGCUUUUCUGAUAUGUUAGGAACUGCAAUUGAGGCCAGCACACGUGUCAGAUUUAUUAACCUUGCAAGAACUCUUCAGGCACAUAUGGAAGAUAUUGAAACUUCUGAAGAUGACUCUGAAGACUGAUGCUGGAAGAACUUUCUUACUGCAAGAAACAAAUGGAAUUGCUGCAGAAAUGCUGAAGUGGCAAGAACAACAUCAAUAUGCAUUUUUUUAUUCCUCUCCUUAGUAAAACGCGCAUUGAAUAUUACUGUAGUUUUUGAAGCAUUGUUGAAUUCAAAAUCAACUGCUGCACAGUGGAGCUCAGUAGACUUGAGAACUACUCAGCAUGUGUGAGGAUUAGAUACAUAGAAAGCAACCUCCCUUUUCAAAUUAUGAGGAUGUUGUGCUUUGUUUUGGAAGACAUUGGAGUCUGAAUAUUUAAGGAAGCUCUGUCUCCCUUUGUGUUUCCUUCUUACUGUAGUCAAAGUUCUGGUUUUGUCUUACCGAGUUUUGCUCCUGUACUGGCACUAAGUGGUUAUAAGGGGUUUCAGGGGGAGGGUGGGGAUGCCCGUGUACUUAAAUAGGUUUCGUUUGGGUGUUCUUAAAUGCCUCUUUUGCUGCAUCAUAUAACUGAUUGCUUCCAUUGUUAAUGAAUGAACAGGAGGAUAAGCAAGGUACUGUAGAGAUUGUUUGGCUUUAGGCUUAUUUGAAGAUUAUUAUUUAACUCAAAAAGCAAUAAGAACUUGCAGUGGUCUUUUAAUACUUGGUCAUGGCUUUUUUAUGUACCAGUUUGGAAAUCUGAGAUUAUAUUUGAUAUCAUGUGGCUAUUCCAUUAUGGAAUAUUGCAGGUGUAAACUCUUGCAUUUCAGCAUUCCUGGCAGAUAUGCAACUUGACAAAGACCUCUGGUUGUUUAGUUUAAUCAGACUUUUUUUAGAUCCCACCUUCACUGUUCAAAGCACCAGUUAUCAAUGUGUUUUCUAGUGUUGUCACUUCUUUAUAAAUAAAGACAAAAGAGGUAUGCAUCUCUACUGGUAUUGUCCAUUUCAUUUAAAUGUGGAUAUCUACCAGAACUUACACAUGAAAACAUAGAAAGCUGGAGUCUGUGGGAUAUCUUUACUAAUGUUACUAAAUUCUUAUCCAGAUAUAUAAGAUAGUUCUAACCAUUUUGGAUUGAAAUGCUUUGUAUAAAUGGUGGUACAAUAAAUUCUUAUACAUGUGUUGGAAUUGCAUUUCCUACAGAUAUGUGUUAGUUUUGUGAUAACCACAGUAACAAUGUAUCUGCAAAGAGUGCAGUAUGUUGAAUUGCCAUGAGUCUAGUUUAUUGUCGCAGUAUGUAAAACUAACUUGUGCAGAUGAAAGGAUGUGCAUUACCAGCUGAAAUGAACUUGUGAUUUGUAGAGUUGACUUUGCUAGCAUUACAUGAGUUGGCCUGUCAUCUGUAAGACUUGGAAAAAAAAAUGGAACACUAAGGAAAUGGCAUUUCUGUGUCCAUUUUGGUAUUUUUAGGCAUUUGGUGCCAACACUUAAAAGUAUUAUUCAGUAAUGAGUUGAAAUACAGCUCCGGGACAUUUAUCUGAAAAGUGAAAGUCCAGGCAUAUGUGAGGAUGUUUCUAACUUGUUUCUGAAGAAGGUGAAUUGAAGUUUAUAAUAAAUGUUCAAUCCUUGCUGA